AUGAUGGGAUUCGGGGGCGGGACUGGCAGAGCAAGAUGGCGGCGCCCAUGGAAGUGGUGGUGUGUACUGACUCUGCGGCGCAGCUCUGGAGCUGCGUGGUGUGGGAGCUUCAUUCGGGCGCCAACCUGCUCACCUACCGAGGCGGCCAAGCAGGGCUGCGAGGCCUGGCGCUACUCAAUGGCGAGUACCUGCUGGCGGCGCAGCAGGGCAAGAACUACAUUUGCGCCUGGGAGCUGCAGCGUAAGGAUCAGCUCCAACAGAAAAUCAUGUGUCCUGGGCCUGUCACCUGUCUGACCACAGCACCUAAUGGCUUGUAUGUCCUGGCAGGAAUUGCAGAGAGCAUCUACCUGUGGGAGGUCUGCACCGGGAACCUCCUGGUCAUCCUGAGCCGGCACUACCAGGACGUGGCCUGCCUGAAGUUUACAGGGGAUGGCAGCCAUUUUGUCUCCGCGGGCAAGGACUGCCUGGCGCUGGCCUGGAGCCUCUGCAGUGUGCUACAGGCAGACCCAUCCAGGAUCCUUGCCCCAAGACAUGUCUGGUCCCAGCACACGCUCCCGAUCACAGACCUGCACUGCGGCUUCGGAGGCCCCAUGGCCCGGGUGGCCACCGCUUCAUUGGACCAGACCGUGAAGCUCUGGGCCAUCUCCUCGGGGGACCUGCUGCUGUCUGUCUUGUUUGACAUGGGCAUCACGUCUGUGACCAUGGACCUGGCGGAGCACCACAUAUUCUGUGGAGGCAGUGAUGGCUCCAUCUUCCAGGUGGACCUGUGCAGCUGGCCCGGACUGAGGGAGCACAGCUUCCAGCCUGAGCAGAACACAGGGAAGGUCUUCAGAGGACACAGGAACCAAGUGACAUGCCUGUCGGUGUCAACAGACGGCAGUGUUCUGCUCUCCGGCUCCCACGAUGAAUCAGUGCGGCUGUGGGACAUAAAGAGCAAGCAGUGCUUGCGCACAGUCACCCUCAAAGGCCCAGUGACCAAUGCAGCCAUCAUUCUGGCCCCACCCAGCAUGCUGAACCCUGAAUUCAGGCCCAGCCUGCCCCUGCCCCACUUCAACAAGCACCUGCUGGGGGCUGAGCAUGGAGAUGAAGCCCAGGGUGGGGGCCUGCGCCUGCAGCUAGGGCUCCACCUGCAGGGCAAAGAGCCUAGCUACUUGGAGCGUCUAGAACAGCUGCAGGCAGUGUUGUCCAGCUACCUGGAGAAGAACAUGCUAGGCAGCCAGAUUCUGCCAGCACGUGUGUUUGAUCUGGAGGAGGAGGUGCGUAGCCUGCGCAAGAUCAACAGGGACCUGUUCGACUUCUCCACGCGCAUCAUCACACGGCCCUCCAAGUGAGAUGUGCCGGACCGCUGCCACACAAACACUUGCCACGGGGCUGUGAUCUAGUGUUUUAACAAAGGAUGGACUAAAGGAUGGACAAUUCUUAAAUUGUGCGCCUUGGUUGUUCUGUCCCUGGCUGGGCUGGGGCUUGGUUGAAAGGCCUCAGGCCUGGGGGAUGGGGUGCAGUGAGUGGGGGGCUGACUGCAGAGUCCCCAUUCAUGAGGGCCAAUCAGGCAGCAAUCAGUCCUUCACAGCUGUCCAAAGCUCAGUGUCCACAUCGUGUCCUGGGGCUACCUCAAAUCCAGCCCAAAUACGAACAGAACCUUCCAGAAAGCUGCCUGCAACUGACAGCCCUGCUUAACUAUCCAGAAGAUCUGUGAUUUAUCAGAGCUGUUACCACUGCAACUCAGAAGAGCAGUGCCCUCAGGUGGCAGGAUGUGAGCCUACCCUGGGGGGCCAAAGCCUCCUAUGACAAGGGCCUCCCCAUACUUUCCUUCCCUUCCACCCUGGCCCCUCCCCCAGCCCCCUGCUGCUCCCUCAGGGAAGGUCUGGAGAGAGACAAGAAGGUAUGCACUCCACCAGCCAUGGGUCCCCAGCACCCAACCAAAGGCCUCUGGAGGUCUCUUGAGACUGGGGUGUUCAUUAUACUCCUAAUUAUGACUCAGAUUCUGGCUAGGGACAGUGACAGAUGUUGUGUGGAGCCAUAAAUUGCCACCCAAAUAUUGGGUCCCCACCUGCUGUGGCUGGACUGAGACCAACUGCCUGUACUUCCCCCAUCCAAGCCAGGACCUCACUAGCCCAGGCUGGCUUGGAAGGCAGGGUCCCCCUGCAGAUCUGCUUCAUCUGUCCCAGCCUCCUUACUAAGCCUUGCUGUAUUCCCUCAUUUGUCUGCCUCAGCUUCCCCUUACUGACUGGGGAUUCAGCCUAUGUAAAUACUAGGCUGGCUCAAUGCCAAGCAAGAUCUAAGUCCCCAGUCUCCUGAGCAAUGGGGCAGCCUGCACCAAGCCCCCAUAGACUUCCUCGGGUGACAGGAGUCGGGCAGUGUAGACCAGCACAGCCCUAGUCCCCGUGGGAGGGAAGUGGAUGCUGUGUGGUCCAGCCAUCAAGUACGGAGGAACCUUGAGAACAGAGGCCACUGAAGGGUUCCAUGGCAGGAAAUGUCUGGAACAGUACUCGUGGGGGUAAAUUCACAUUUGUGAGACUUGCUUUCCCACUCCCCAAAACGACCUUACAGGAACUGCUUGUCAUUCAGCUGCAGUGGAAGGUGCCACUCGGCCCUUCUGUUAGGAGUGAUAGUGAGUCCUGACAGGCCUGCAGUCCAGCUGUCUCAUGUCCAGUGAGUGGAAUAGAGCCAGCACCCAGGACUGUUUGGUGACCUGCUGAAAGAGUGCCAGGUGACAGUAUGGACAAAAAGGAGAUGUCAGAGGAAGGGGAUCUAAGGCUGGCAACAUCUCGGCUUCAGGAAGAGCGCCCUGAGGAUCUCUGAAGUGGUUGGUGACAAUGGCAACUAGGACAGACUAGCCCCAGACUGGAACCCUGAAGGACCCCUAGCCUGAUGUCCUUUGGAUCCCUGGCCAGGUGCCUAGACAGCCUGCCAUCUUGAGCCAAGCCAUCUCAUUAAAAACCGGCUCAAAGUGCA